AUGAUUAAAUCUUUGAUACUCAACAAUUCUACUACUACGAAUACUACAACUGCUACAACUAGAUAUAUUGGAUUAUCUUGGAGGAGAUACAUGUCAUCAAUGACAAAGAAGAAACAAUCAUCACCAACAACAAUCGUGCAAGCAAAUAGUGUUGAUGAGACGACGAUUGUUAGAUUAAAUGUCAAUGUUCAUCCAAAUGCAAAGCAAUCUACUAUUGUACAAUUCACCGAUGAUGGAUGUUUAGACUUGAGAAUAUCACAACCACCAAUCGAUGGUAAAGCAAAUGAUGAAGUCAUUGAUUUCUUGUCUGAUGAAUUAAAAUUAAAGAAAAGAUUCAUCACAGUCGAUAAAGGUCUAAAGAGUAGAAACAAAGUGAUCGCUAUUGAUUUAUCUGAAUCUUCAUUGACAAAAGAUACACUCUAUACAACAUUAAAAGAAAAGGUUGUCACUGAUGAAUGA